GAUCUGUGUGAUGAUGAUGAGUAGCUGCCAUGGAGCAUUUGCUACAGACCCGGCAUUGGAUACUAGUACUACUACUAGUACUGCUGCCUUGUUUGUUUUCGGUGACUCCACUGUGGAUCCUGGCAACAACAACUACAUCACAACCAUCCCGGAACACCAAGCACAUUACAAGCCCUACGGCCAGAAUGGCUUCUUUGACCACCCCACCGGACGUUUCUCCGACGGCCGUGUCAUUGUAGACUACAUAGCGGAGUAUGCAAAGCUGCCACUAAUCCCUCCAUUUUUGGGACCAACUUCUGAUUAUACAAAUGGAGUUAACUUUGCAUCUGGUGGAGCUGGUGUUCUUCCGGAAACCAAUCAAGGAUUGGCGAUUGAUCUUCCAACACAAUUGAGGUACUUUGAAGAGGUGCAAAAACGGUUGACAAAAAAAUUGGGAGAAGAGAAGGCAAAGGAAGUGAUAUCAGAAGCAGUGUAUUUCAUUAGUAUUGGAAGCAAUGACUAUAUGGGAGGUUACUUAGGUAAUCCAAAAAUGCAGGAACUAUAUAACCCUGAACAAUAUGUGGGGAUGGUAAUCGGAAACUUGACGCAGGCAAUCCAAGUGCUGUAUGAGAAAGGAGGUAGAAAAUUUGGUUUCUUGAGGUUGGCUCCGCUUGGUUGCUUGCCUGCGUUUAGAGCUGUGAACCUCAGAGCCACGAAAGGCAGACGGGGCUGUUUUGAAGGAGCUUCUGCCCUUGCACUAAUGCAUAACGAUGCACUUAACACGGUGCUGGCAAACCUUGGAUUUGUGCUUAAAGAGUUCAAGUACUGCAGCUCUAACUUCUAUGAAUGGCUCCAGGAAAGAAUAGAUCAUCCUUACAAAUAUGGUUUCAAGGAUGGAAUGAAUGCUUGUUGCGGAAGCGGACCAUAUGGAGGCUCAUUCACCUGUGGAGGCACAAAGAAGGACAAAGAUUACCAGUUAUGUAACAAUGCUGAUGAUUAUAUAUGGUGGGACUCUUUCCAUGCAACAGAGAGGAUCCAAGAGCAACUUGCCAAGGGUCUCUGGAGUGGAGAGCCUUUUUAUGUCGGGCCAUACAACCUAGAAAGUCUAUUCUUUGAGAAGGAGAAGCUCACCAUAGGCAUCAUAGUCGAUAAACCAGAAGCAGAUCCGUUUCAGUCAUUUUAAAUAGCAGGACAUCAAGUUUUCUUUCUAUAUGUAAGGACUAGACCUGUGGUCAGAUACAUUUUUGAGUUCAAAUUGUUCGGUCACAUGAGGUUGAAUCUGUAGAGUGUAUGUGAUUUGUGCACAUUGGAGACUAGACAAGGAGACACUUUCUUAUUCUUCCCU